AUGGACUCUCCCUUGCAUCCCCCUCGCCCGUGUGGCCCACGCUCUUCUUCAGCACUCAAAACCCCCGAGCCGUGUGUCCAAGACGGCCAGUUUCAACCGUUAACUCCCCCUCCGCGACCACCGCGAUUCCGACUCAAGAAGCGCGCCGUGUCGCAUCUUAGCGCUCCGACUCAGCAGUUCCUCGCCUCUGUCGCCGCUGCCGACGUGCCCAUCCCCAGCAUCGAGGAGCCCCAGGUCUUUGACGACAUGCUCGAAACGCCCGUCUUCCCCCACACCCCGCGCCUCAAUCGCAUCGCUUUUGACGAGCACCCGCCGACUCGCGGCAGGACUCUCUCGUCACCAAAGACGCCUGCCCCUCGUGCCGUGCCCUCUCUGUCGCCAAAGCGCUUCCCGGACUGGUCCCUCGGCGCCUCCCUCAGCAGCCUCGAGUCCAGCCCGGACUGCGAGUCGAGCCGCCCCUCGACUGCGCGAUCCACGCAGACGACCGCGUCCCUCUUCAGCCAGUUUUCCCUGACGUCCGAGGACCUGAGCCAGUGCGCGAGCCCCGAGGGCAGUCAGAUCGAUCGAUUCGCGUCCCUGCUACCGGCCGAGGAUGCCGACAAGACCGUCAAGGCCCUGGCGCGUCCCGCCACGCUUAGGAAAGCGCCUUGGACCCGAGCCAUGGGCAAGCAUCUCUGGUCGACGUACAUGAUGUAUCUGCAAGACCCGAAGGUCACGCCCUUUCGCAUCGGCAAGAGCGGCAUUCCCCCAUCGGGCGUGUGUCUGCGCGUCGCCCGCGAGGCCAAGAGAUCUUGGAAAGGGUCGCGGUCCCAGGCUAGGGCCGAAAACAAGAGCGGAAGCACGACGCCAACCGCCGAGACGGCGGCGCCGUACGUCGAAUGGCCGCACACUUGCGCGGCGACGCGCGCUCAUUUGAGGGAGCUCUGCAAAGCCAACAGCGGAACCGCCACCCGCAACGUCCAGUACCUGGCGCACAGCCCGACGCCCUUUGGCAAGACGGCGACUCGCUACCGGAACCGUCGCUCUGCGCCCCCCCGUUCCCCUUCCGUCUUCUCCGGGUCCGACAUGGCCAUGUCCCUGACGGUGUGCACGUCGGAUUCGAUGCAGCCGAAAGGCCCCCUGGCUCAGCUCGCAGGUCCACUGCCCGAGCCAACAAUCCUGGAGAGCAGGCCGCCUGGGCCUGCCAUUUCCGUCACGGACCACUCGGGCGAGCAGCAGAGGGCGCGACUGGGGUCCCCUUUCCUGGCGGCCAAGAGCUAUGGACCCAGUUCCACCAAUGCCCUGGCGGACAGUCUGGGUCUGGUCGCGGAGCCCCGGAGACAGAGCCGCACGGUCGGCACGCGGCGAAGCCUCGGAUCACCCGUGAGACUUGCCCAAAGCCGAAGCAGCACGCAGAAGCGCCGGUCCAGACAGCCGGCGCUGGAGCCUCGCAAGUCCAAGAGACCCAGUCUCGGCUCCGACUUCUGGACCGACCCGUCGUCUUCGACGACCGAGGCGCAGGCCAACCCGGCUGCGCCGUUUGCCGAAUUCUCUUCAACCAGUUCCAGCUUGCGCGACAACCUCUUUGUGCCUCGCACAAAUGUUCAGGAGCUGUUUGAGGCAUCGCACCCCUCGGCGUCGGGAGCCGAAGCCGUCGCCGGCCCCCUCCGCCUGUCGCUGGCGCCCCCGGCCGUGUGCCCCCCCCGGCUCGGAUCGCCCUUCUCCGCCAAGAGCACCAGCUUCUCCUUCCCCAGUCGAAGGUCCAACACUUCGUCCGUCAUGGGCUUCGCUGCGGCGCGAAGACCCUUUGCGACGGUCCACCAGUCGUCGGACGCUGCCGCCGGCUCUGCGAGGCCGCCCCUCGCCAACCGCCUGGCUUACAUCGACGAGCGGCUCAAGGACUUUCGCCGCCGGGAAGCACAGGCUCGACGGUCCCACUCCCCACUUUGA